AUGAUUGUAAUUUCAAAUCCUAUAUCUGAAAUAAUAAUUAUCUUCUUCUUAUUAUUUGGAUUGGCAUUUUCAGGUGAUCCAGGCCAAACCGAUCUAAAAUUUAGAAGUGAUGGCACUUUCAAAAUCAUUAUGUUUACCGAUUUACAUUAUGGUGAAAAGACCCUUUAUGAUACUUUGAAUAUUGAAGCCCAAAAUAAAUUAUUAGAUUUUGAAAAACCUGAUUAUGUUAUGUUAUCUGGAGAUAUGAUUAGUGGUUAUAAUGAACACUUUUUGAAUGAAUCCAACUAUCGUUAUUAUUGGGAUACCCUUACCAAGCCAAUGAGAGAUAGAAAUAUUCCAUGGUCAAUUACUUUUGGAAAUCAUGAUGCUGAAGGACCUUAUAACAGUGCCAUGUUAAUGGAUUUAGAUAUGUCAUACAAUGGUAGCAUUUCUAAAAAAGGUACUGUUUUUGGUGUUGGAGAGUCAAACUAUAUAUUACCAAUCCUAUCAUCCAAUUCCAGUGAUAUCGCAUCAUUAAUUUAUAUCUUUGAUAGUGAUAAUGAAGGAUGUGGUAAUUUAGGAAACUGGGGUUGUGUUUACAAACAACAAGUAGAAUGGUACGAACAACAAAGUGAUUUUUAUAACAAGACACCAGCUGUUUCAUUUGUUCAUAUUCCACCUAUUGAAGUAGUUGAUCUUUGGAAUAACAAUGAGGUAUAUGGUGAUUUUGGUGAAUCUGCUUCCUGUUGUUAUACUACUACUGAAUCGAAAUUUGUUGAUACUAUUGUGGAGAGAGGUGAUAUCAAGUUUCUCUACUUUGGUCAUGAUCAUAGAAAUGACUACCAUGGUAACUACAAAGGUUUGGAUCUUGGUUAUGGAAGAAAGACUGGAUAUGGUUCAUAUGAUCCAAAGUAUACUCAAGGUGCCAGAGUAUUCCUUCUUCAAGAGAAACCAUUCACCUUCAAGACAUGGAUCCGCAAUGUCUUUGGUGACAUCGAAGACCAGCCUCUCCAUAAACCAUCAGAUCAAAUUCCUAUGUAUUGUUGUGCUCCAGAGAAAUUCAAUCCUAAUUGGGUUAUAUCUAUAUCAAUAUUAGGUGCAAUUCUCAUUCCACAACAACAAUCACAACAAAUUCUAAAUAAAGUAUGUCUUGCAGGACUAUGGAAUUUGUUAGGUAGUUAA